AUGUUGAUGUGCAUGUCGUCAUCCACGUGUGUGUGUUAUGAUCAAUAUUAUCUGCCGAUUUCGUCACUUUAGCUCUAAAAUUGUAAGGAAUAUGGAUAAAGAAUAUCGUCAAAUCGAUGGUAGCCAUUUAGAAGGUGGUGGACAAAUUCUACGUAAUGCUACCGUAUUGAGUAGCCUAUUGAAUAUACCGAUUGAAGUGGUAAAUAUUCGUGCAGGUCGUCCACGGCCCGGUUUAGCAGCUCAACAUCUUCAUGGUCUUUAUUUAGCACGUGAUAUAACGAAUGGUGAAUUAUUAAAUGCCGAAAUCGGAUCAACAAUCAUCCGAUAUAGACCGAUGAAAAUUAUGGCCGGAACCUAUAAAACUGACAUACGUACUGCAGGGAGCAUAACAUUAAUUCUCCAAACAGCUAUACCUUUAUUACUUUAUGCUAAUAGUCCAUCAACGAUCGAAUUUCGUGGUGGUGGUACACAUGUUCCAUUUGCUCCGUUUGUUAAUUUUUUUACCGAUAUUCUACCUGAUUAUCUUCCAUUUAUGAAUCAAAUUCAAAUUCAUUGUGAUAGAUAUGGUUUCUAUCCACAAGGUGGUGGUCAUGUAUCUUGUCAGAUUAAUCCCGCUAAUCUAACAACACCAUUACCCUUACAACCAAUUGAACAAAUAGAUUUUGGUCAAUUGAUUGAAAUUGAUGGUUUUGUAUUGAUCUCCGGACAAAUUCGACGACCAAUUGCCGAAGCAAAUAUUCGUUCAGCGAUGCAAAUUUUUGAUAAUCAACAACAAAUCAUCGACAAUAAAGAUCGGAUAAAAAUCACCAUCAAUGAAUGUCGUGCACGAAACGAUGCUUUAGCUGUGAUGUUCACAGCUCGUACAACAACCAAUUGUCAUCUAUCCGUAUCCAAUUUAGCAUCACGACGGAAUGAAAUGAAUUCUGAUAAUUAUGGAAAACAAGUUGCCGAAAAACUUUGCCAUCAAUUGCAGCAAAAAUGUUGUGUUGAUGAAUAUGUUCAAGAUCAAUUGAUCAUUUAUAUGGCAUUAGCCGCCGGUACAAGUCGAAUUAUUACCGGUGAAAUAACAAUGCAUACACAUACAGCCAUUUGGAUUACUGAACAACUUACUGGUGUUGAAUUCAUAAUUAAACCAUUAAAAUCGAAUAAUUUAUUAAAUAUGAUUGAAUGCAAAGGAAUCGCUUAUAUGCCUGAAACAUUUUAUCCAUCUUGAUUGAUCAUCAAGAUUCAAGUUGUAAAAAUAAAAAUUUCAUUUAUUUUUCAACAAAUAUAAUAAUAAUAAUAAGAACAUUUAAUUUUCAUUUGGAUGACAUUUAUUUCAUCUAUAUAGUUUAUUAAUAAAAAAAACAUAGCCAUUUCUCACUUUAAAAAAAAUCCAAUUGAAAACGAUAACAAGAAUA